UCACUCUCAUAUUGCUGCAUAAAUUCUCUCAUAUCAAUUAUUUUUCUCAUGCAAAAGAUUUUCCGGGAAAAACAUAAAUUUUCUUAUUAUGGGAAAGUGCUCCUUUCAGGAUUCCCUCAAAACUUUGGAAGCUGAUAUUCAGUAUGCUAAUACACUGGCAUUAAGUAAUCCAAGGGAUAAAGAUGGAGGAUGCUAUCAGAUGAGACUAUCAUACAGUCCAGCAGCCCCCAUUUUUCUGUUUCUUGUUCAGUGGGCAGAUUUUCGCCUUGCUGCUGCUCUUGGUCUCCUCAGAAUCCUAAUUUACGUGAACUGUGGAAGUGGGAAGAAUACCAUGUCAAUAUUUGAAAGGAAAGCAAGUAUUAGGCAAUUUUACUCUGUGAUAUUCCCUGCUUUAUUGCAACUCCAGAAAGGGAUCACGGAUUUGGAGGAAAGAAAACAGAAGGAAAUGUAUUUGCUUAGGUACCAAAGUAAAAGUGAUUUUGAAGAGAAAGGAGGAGAAUAUGAAAUUGACAAUGAAAGAGAAGAGGAAUGUGGUGUUUGCUUGGAGGUGAAAGGGAAAGUUGUGCUGCCUAAUUGCUGCCACACUAUGUGUUUGAAUUGCUACAGAUCUUGGUGCGUGAGGUCUGAGUCUUGCCCCUUCUGUAGGGAUAGCCUAAAGAGAAUGGACUCUGGUGACCUUUGGAUUUACACAGACAAGAGUGACAUUGUUGAUCUUGGCACAAUUUACAGAGAGAAUUCCAAGAUGCUAUUUCUGUAUAUAGAGAAGUUGCCCCUUGUAAUUCCUGACCCAAGACAUGUAUCCUAUGAUCCAUUCCUAAGGUGAGAGGGCUGGCUAAAGAAUUUUGGAAAAAUGUGAAUGUAACCUGAAAUUUGUAGUUGUACAUGUGUUUUAGUCUUUUAGACCAUAAUUUAUUUAAUUGUAUAUAAUUUUGAUGGCUUGUUGCUAUGUAUUACCAA